CAAAUAAACCGACACAACCGAUUUUGCAUUGUAAACUAAGCUCUUUAGAGUGCUCAUGAAGCCCAACAGAAAGUGCAGAAGAGCUACCUCCUGCACGACGUUUGCUCUGGCUAUCACCUUUUUGGGUGCUCUUCUGGGAACUGCCUUUGUUUCAGUGACCACUGAGGCGCAAGGGAGAUCUCUCCUCACUCGACUACCUGCUGUUCCUGAAGAGACAUCACAAGAUCUGAAGAAGAAGGAGUUGAGGCGAGAAGCUGAAAAGGUUGAAAAGGAUGCAGAAGGCAAGGGCCAGGAAAGCGACCCAUACGCCUUUUUUGUGCCUGGUGUGGUGGUCUUCCUCUACUUGGGCUUCGGCACGAUCUACUCCACAGAGUGUCUCGGGCUGGGGGCCGUACUGGACUUGCAUGAGAGACAUGUGCAAAACUCCUGAUGGAUUCCUUGUCUCAAUUGGGCUCGGUAGAUGAACAGUGACCUCAACCCUUGAUGCCGGAAUCCAGAGAAUCCUCAGUGGCAGCCUUGUUUCGCCGAAAGGUAUUUCAUGCCGAUGGGUGACAUCGGUGGCAAAGUGGCUGUUGCCUUUGGAGUGAUUUUUGUUUUGCUGGUUGUUGGCGUUGCCCUGAAAGAAGUGAUGGAAUAGCUGCACGGAUUAGGGAGGGAUCUAUUUGGAGUAUAUAGUUAUAUAGCCUCUAGGAGAGAUUCAUCAAUUGAAACGCAGGAAUGACUUCAGAUGAUUCUUUGCCGCCCCAGCCAAGCUGGGAAGAGCAAUUAGUGCGCCCAGAUAGAACUUUCACAAUGUGCUAAACUGGAUCAGGUUGCUUGCAACUCUGCCCUCCUGGUUGUAUGUUGACCGCUUAAAUCUUGCUGGUUAGCACUUAAAUGAUUUAAAUCACACCAGGACAAUUGGUUGGAGUUAGAUUCGUGUGCUGCCUAUCAAGACGUGGUGGCUUUAAAAUGCAGUGCUGGCCAUCAUCAUGUGUGACGAGCAACUGCCAAACACAGAGUUUGUACAAGAUCACUGGUUUACUGGUUUGAUUUCAAGCAUAGUUUUGGCCGAAGCCUUUGCAUUGCUGUGUGGCAUGUUAGUGGCCUUCCCACAAGGGAUAGUCUUAAUGGAUACAAUAGUCCC